AUGCCCAAACUGCAGAAGCGGUCAAGUUCGACUCCUCGGACUCCCUCUGCGUCUCUUGAUGGUGGCCCGCGAUAUGAAAGCUUUCCGCAGAACACGAGGCAGCCGAUCCCAGUGACGCCUGGAGAAGUAGCGGUGUCAUCAGGAGCUCUUAUGAGCAACAAUCCUUGGGUACAACAGACACCAUACUCCAACUUCUCCCCAGUCUCGCCUAUCACGCCCAUGCAACCGACGAUCAUGACACAGAUGGCGCAGCCUGAGCCCCAGAGACCUACCAGCUCAAGAGCGUCGGCCGACGUUCGAAGACUUGAUGGAACUCCCUACCCAUCAGGCGAGAAACCGGUCAAGGUUGCGAAGGACAUGCACGCAGGAGCGGUUCCUCCAGCUUACCACGGCGCACCAGCAGUGGUGGCUCCAGAGAAAGCUGAUGGCUGCUCGAAGCCCAAUUGCAACAAAUGCGGGAAACGAAAGACGGUAGUGGCUGAACAAACAUCACCUCCUUCCACGCGUAACCCACCACACUUCUCGCGCCCAAUGUCCCAAUCCUCGACUGUUGCGGGGCCGUCGACGCAGCCGAUCAAGAAAUGCCAUAAGUGCGGGAAGAGCAAGAGGCCAGUCAUCGCUCCAGCGCUCCCACAGCCAACUUUCGGUGCUCAACACCGAUUCUCCUCGCAGUCCACAAUCGUCCCAUCUUCAGCGCGGCCGCAGCAGCCACAGCUGUCAAUUCUGGCGGGUGACAAUCUGCCUCGCCCCAGUGUGCCUGUACUGGACAUCAUCCCACCUAGCGCUUCCACCUACCGACCACGAGACUCGACAAUCAGCACCAUGAACGACGCCGCACCGCUGAUCAAGGGUAUCCAGCAACCGAAACCAGAAUACAAGCCAUUCCGAGCUGGCUCGCUGAUUCGGUCUCUGUCAAAGCGCAGCAGCAAAUCGAGAUCCGGCCCACCCACACCUGGCUCAGACAAGGGCGAGCAGUCGUCCAGCGGUGGCAGCGGCUUCAUGGGCUUGAUCCGCAAGCAAAGCACGCGCGACUACACCAAAUUGGGUGCCGAAGAGCCGCAUUCCCGGCCGGCUUCACCAUUCUCGUUCAUGGAGGCGCCCAACGAUGACGCAUUCGAGAUGCGCCCGAUGACCGGCAAGGAGAAAGAAUUCAAUGUUGAUGGUAACGGCAGCGACGGCACGCGAUCGCCUUCGAUCAAAUCCCCGGUAGGAGGCGAAACACUUACAGUUACGCGGCCGGAGGUGUAUAGAUCGACAUCGAGUGCGCGCGAAGGAGAUUUGAUGCUGGCAAUUCCGGAGCAAGGGGGUGACAACAGACCACAGCUUACGCGGUUCAAGAGCUUGAGGAGCGGUGUCUCGAGGGCGGCUAGUACUGUGAGUCGGUCAGGGAGUCUGAAGAGGUUGGGAAGUAUCAGUAAGGCUUGGGAGAGAAACGAUAUGGCGAUUGAUGCGUACCAAGGAGAAGGGGGGACCAUUUCGGCGUACUAA